CUGAGAUAAAAUGUGGUGUGGGAGGGUCAAAACUGCUACCUAUAAGACCCUGAGCCUAAAGUCAGACGCACCCAAGAGCUAAACUGUGAAGAAAGGUACCAGUCAGUCUUGAAAGCGUGUUUACCACAUUCAGCAUGGAAAGACAAAAGCGUUUCCUGGCCUGGAUGGGACAGAUGUUCUACAUUAAGAAUAAACUUUUAAGGCAAUCACUAGCUGAGUGUUUGGGCACCCUAAUCUUGGUGAUGUUUGGCUGUGGCUCUGUGGCUCAGCUGGUCCUUAGUGGUGGCACCCAUGGCCAAUUUCUUACAGUCAACUUUGCAUUUGGUUUUGCAGUCACACUCGGCAUACUUAUUUCUGGACAGGUGUCAGGUGGACAUCUCAACCCUGCUGUGACCUUUUCUCUUUGCCUUCUGGGACGUGAGCCUUGGAUCAAAUUCCCAGUGUACUUUCUGGCUCAGACCCUAGGAUCCUUCCUUGGGGCUGGAAUAAUCUUUGGACUGUACUUUGAUGCCCUUUGGGCCUAUGGAGGUAAUCAUCUCCUUGUGACUGGGUCAAACGCCACUGCAGGAAUCUUUGCUACCUUCCCCUCAGAGCAUCUUACUCUUGUAAAUGGUUUUUUUGACCAGUUCAUUGGCACUGCUGCUCUCAUUGUGUGUAUCUUGGCAAUUGUUGACCCAUACAACAACCCCAUUCCACAAGGCCUGGAGGCCUUCACUGUGGGUUUUGUAGUUCUUGUUAUUGGACUUUCAAUGGGCUUCAACUCUGGAUAUGCAGUUAACCCAGCCAGGGACUUUGGGCCAAGACUGUUCACUUCAAUUGCAGGCUGGGGUUCCGAGGUCUUCACGUCUGGAAAUAAUUGGUGGUGGGUACCAAUUCUUGCCCCCUUCUUCGGAGCCUUCGCUGGAGUAAUUGUGUAUCAGUUCAUGGUUGGCUUUCAUGUGGAAGGGAUGUCAAAGCAAAAGAAACAAAGUGAAGAAAACAUCAAAUUGUCCAAUACAAGCUCUAAAGAUAUGGCAUAAUUUGGUCAAUCUCUUCAUUAGCCAUAGAAGUGACCUCCAUCUCCUGUCAAAAGACUGAUGCUCCAGUUAAAUAAAAAUAUUGGAGUAGUAUUGUAGGUUUUCAUUUAAUAUUUUCCAAAUUAUGCAAGCCAGUUGUGUAAUAUUUGUCAUAAAUUUUUUAUUAAAUUCUGCAGACAUCUACAUAAUGCUAUGUAUACAUCAUGUAGUGGUCACAGGGGUAUGAGGCUUAAAUAUCCGGUCUGAUAAAUGCAAAAAAAAAAAAAAAAUACUUAAAUAUAAUGUUCUGGAUCAGUUCAUCUCAUCAUAUGCAGCAUUGGUUUUGUUUAAACAUUUUCCUUCCUUUUUGGCCAUUUUCAUUGCUAAUUCAAAUGACCAUCCCCAAAUUAAUAUUUUUACUUUGUGUUCUAUUUUUCACUAUUAGAAGCAUUUUAUUUCAGGCUUUUUUCAUCUCUAUUAUGCACCUUAGUUCUUGUUCCUUAUAUUGAUCAGGUAACAUAUUAGAAAGGGUUGAUUAAAGUCCUGGCAAGUUAUAAUAAUGAUACAUAUUGUCGUCAUUGCACAAUCAAAGAAACAAUCAUCAAAACAAAAACAUCUGCCUCCCUUCUGCCUUUUUGCCUUAAAUGGAAAGCAUUUACUACAAAGUAAAACAGUAUCUCUAAUGUAAAGAUUUUGCUAAAGAGUUCUUGGAUUUUUAGACUAUUGCACAAUGAUUACAUACGCUUUAUGUCAACUUUACAGCAACAAACCCCUUAUGAUUUUUUAAACUAAAACUUACACACAUAUAAAGCAGGGACUAAAAUGUGCUCAGUUGUCCUAAUUGUGCUUUCUGGUUACCUGGAAAUUAGCCAUUUCUGCAAGUCUGAACAAGUCACUAUAGCACUGGUAAUGUGAGCUGGAGUUACAAUUUGUGUUUUGGGCUAGUCCUGUUAAAUAAGGAGUGCCUUUCCCUACCUUCAGGGAUCCUUCUGACACUUAUUUUUUUCAACUUCACAGUUAUUAUGCUAUUCUAUGGUUCCUGUUAAAGCCUAACUCUCAGAAAUUAAUCUGCUUUAUUAGACUUGUAUGUGUCUUAUGAACCUUGAAUGACUCAUUAAUAUGUUUUCCUCUCUUUAGCCUGUAGAUCCAGUAUGGCUCCUAGGACUUUGUCUGAACUUUUUUCGGGUGGUAAAAUUAAACUGUAAAAUGUAGGAUCUGAUUGCCUGAUAAUAUCUGAUGCAUUAGUUUUAAGAAGAAUGUGCAUCCUUCCACUUGUAUACUGUAGUGCAGUGCAGAUUAGUGGUCUUUAAACUCUUGUCCUGGUGGUAUACAGUUCCUUAAAUUGCUCUACUGCAUGUGAAUUAAAAUUACCCAGCAGUAUGAAAGUUAACAAAAGCAUUUUGCUUGUAAGAGUACAUUCACAUUGUGAAAUGCUUAUUAAGAUUUCUUAAAUACAUGGCUUCCAAAAAAUAUACUUUAUGUUUAGCUGUUUCGGACAUAGUAGCAGUAAAUAGCAGUAAAUACCCUAGUAAUGUUGAACAUUAUUUGUCAUUUCUUUAUUUUACUCUGAUAUUACCAGUAACUGUCAAAUCAUCCCAAGCUGAUGUCAGGACUGCUGUCAUUGUUACCAAGAUAAACUCGUACCCCUACUCCUUAUUUAAUUCAAGGAGAUCCAGAAUUUGAUGGAUAGAUAAAGGGUAAAUGGAUGAAUAGGAAAUUCUCACCUAAAUCACUAAAAGUAUUCCUAAAACAUUUUUUCUUUGUGUAAUUUUUCAGCUUAACUAUUAUAAUGGAUUGGCAGAAUGGUUAUCACUGCUGUGCUCCUGCUUCAGGGACCUAGGUUCAAUUUGUUUUCUAAUUAUUUUUUUUGGUUAAGUUUGCAAUGUCAAGCCCCUUGUCUGUGUGAGUUUUUCUCUGUGUACUCUGGUUUCCCUCCAUAACCAAAGAUGUAAAGGUUAAGUUGAUUCACAGAUCUAAGCUACCCUUCUAAAAAUAAGAAGAUAUGUGGCUGGUUUAGGGUUGUUUUUUUGCCUUGGACACCCCUGUAGCCCUGUAUUACAGUAAAUGUGUUGAAAUGAAGUAAUGAAUACAUUUCAGUAUUCAUGCUAAGUAUCUUUAAAUCCAACUUAAGAAUCAAACUAAUAUUGAAUAACGAAAGCAUCAUUUGUGUGUCCCAACAAUAUUAAUAAGAAAAGCUUUUGCAAAGAUUUUUUAAUAAAAAAAGAAACUGGAAGUGUUAUUUUGGUUAAUGUAAAUCUAAAUCUGGUUGAAUGUAUUAGGAAGUGAUAGAGGGCAACCGUAAAUUGAAUUAUUUUAUAUCCUGUUCAAGUCUGUGCUACCCUCAUGUAUGCUUGUUCCAGCACAUUGCUUUCUAAACUGUGGCCAAUUCCUCCAUCAAACUAAACUCUUGCUUAAGUGUUUUGGUUAAUUCUGCUCUGAGCUAUAGAACUUAAACAGUCCACAGUGUUUAAUUUAUACAUUUAGAAAUUUGCUGGUGAUUUUGCUUUAAGUACACAUAAUCUAUUACCCAUUCUCAGUUCCUUUGUUUGCUUUGUUUUUGUUCGCUUUUUUUAUUUUCUCCCUUCCAGUUUGUUAGAGAAGCAAGUAACAGAAACAUUUUAUUUACUGUACCUCUUUUUCUCAUUUAUUAUUAAGUGUUAACUCUAAAGAUGCAUAUGACAUUACACAAUAAAUAACCAGAAACAUAGCCUGCUGUCCCAUGCAUGUAUGAUGUCUGCCUUAUGUUUAAACAGAAAAAUCAUUUUUUGAAUUAAGAUAGGAGUCAAUGUUAAAGUUCUGUUAAGGAAAAGAAUAAUGAGGGAUUAAAGCAUUAAUCCCACAGACACUCCUUCACAGUGCUGUAUGCACAUUUCCUUUUUGUGCGUUGUUCAUUAAAAUUUUAUAAAAAUGUUUGAGCACUAGUAGGGGUAUUGGUAUCCUGCUCAGAAUGACUGUGAAGUCUUUCCCCCAUGUUUCUCAAGCCCUUUUUAUGGUGACUGAUUAUGAUGGCCAGACUCUUGUCUGUCUCUCUUACUCUCUGUCUUGCAUACAGACAUGCAACAAAGCCAUAGCUCAUCAAUUAAAUAAUUUUACUACAGUAUUUGAAAGCAUUGAGAAAUGGAAACUGAAAAUAGCCUGAUUUAAUGUAACUUCACACAUUGACAAAUAUAAAUGAGAUUAUUAAUGUUGUAAACAUUAUAAAGUGCUGUGGUUUAAGUUUAUACCUACAAAGCAAUUUAAUUCCUUGGAGCAUUGUUUUGAAAAAACAAAUCUUAAGAAUCAGACUUAACGUAAAAUUAAACAUAAACAAAUAUGCUAGUGCUUCUAAUUAUUAAAGACAUUUUUAAUAGCUUUUCAUUUCAUGUUUUCAGCUCAUUUCUUUUAUUCAUCCUUUCCAAUAUGGUGGAAAAUGUGCAGUAAUUCUGAUUUUUUUUUUCAUUUUUAACAUACUGUUGAUGCCACUGUGGUUUGAAUACAAAUUAAAACUGCAGGAGGUGAUAUGUGAUUAAAUGUAAUUGAAGGGAUCCUCAAAUAUAUCUAAUUUCUGUUGUAUUUUUAAAGACAUAUAAACCAGUCAGGUGUGGUACCAAGGUGGUGAGAUUUAUAUAAUUUUCUUUUACAACUGUCCAAAACCUUUUCCUUCAUUUGUGAAUAAAGUAAAUAUCAUUUCACUGAGUCUUUAAAAAUAAUGAUGGAGCUUUUCUGAGCAAUGUAUAUUAUUUUCUUUGUAACAUGUGCCUUUUUCUUUGAUAAAACAGUGCUUCUUUAAA